UAUAAAUUUGGGAAUUACACCACAUUGUAAAAUUUUAGUUGAAGUGAAACAUUUCAUAAUUUUUUUUAGAACUUCUUGAAAAUGUUCAUGAAUCAAUAAAGAAGUGAAAAAGUUGAUCAAUAUUGAGAGCAAGGAAAUGAAAAACGAUAUUGUGGAAUAAUAAAAUGAAAGAGAAAAAAAAUCAAAGAACUGAAACUUGAGUGAAUUUUUGAGGUAUUAGGCGGGUAAAAAUGGUCAAAAAUUGACGUAAACUAAUAUCAGUCUCCGGUAAGAUGCGUUUUCCGGUUAGUUAUAUUAUAAACCCCUAUGUUAGACCCCAUGGUAAAAUUUCAGAUGCCAAAGAAUGUCGAUACUUUUUUUUUAUUAGCAUCAAUAUUUGAAUUUGGGGCUAAAUUUUUUUAUUAGCAUCAAUAUUUAAGGUGUAAGCUAUGCACUGUAUGUUAAAUAUUUACAUACAAACUUUUAAUUUGAGAUAUAAAAGAAAUUGCAAUAUUAGUUAUUUAAAAGAAAAUGUUAUUUGAAGCGUUUUAAGUUAUAGUUCUUAACCAAAUUUUUUUUAACCGCACAUGCAUAAUUUCAUGAAUUUUGCCACAUGAUUGCCACUACUGAGGUGACAUGCUGAAAGGACCACAUAGUAUAAGAGGCAGGGGCUAAGAGAGGGAAGAAAAAGAAAGAAAGAAAACAUUAAUUUUGAGGGAACUAUUUUCCUUAAUAAUUAUAAUAAAAAAAAAACUAUUAAUAUACUUGUUUACAACUCUUUGUGACUAAUACUUUUUUUAACAUGAUGCUUACUAUUUACUAUUAACAUAUUUUUAUAUUAACAAUUAAUUAAAAUUUACAAAACUUAUCUUGAUAACAUAUUUUUGCAGUUCAAAUGUAUACAAAUCAUCUCCCAGCUUGUAAUAAUAAAUUAUAUAAAAUGGUCCUAGUUGGUAGAAAUUUUUUUAAAUAAUUUCUUAAUGGUUAUCCUGCAGUUUGCAAAUUUUUAAAUAUUGGGAUAAUUUUAUCUAUUUGAUCAUCAGAUAGCUUUUUCGAGCCAUUAAAUGAAAAAUUAAUGAUUUUUUUUUUUUUAAGACUCCUCUGUAAUUUUGAACAUGCCAAAUUCAUUCUGGUAAACAAGUCUUUCGACAGAAGCUGUUGUUGUGGGUACUAUUAAACUUAGGGCAAAUAACUUAAUCAGUUUCGGAAUAAGUCUUAGAAAGUGUUCUUCCUUUCCUGAUUUUUAAAUUUCUUGAAUAAAAAUAGAGAUUUGUUUUUCUCAAGUUGGAUACAGUAGCCAGUAUGACACUUGAUGUUUACCUAAGAUAUUAAUCUAAGAUUCUUUAGUUUCUACUGCCAUUGUGAAAAGUUGAAGAAAGGGGUUUACAUUGCCUAAAGACUAUUAUAUUGUGUGGUAUUUAAAUAUGAUGUUUUUUUGUUGUUCAUUCAUUCCAUUGUAUAACUUUUAUGUAUUGAUAAUAGUUUAAAUACUUAUUAUGCUUAGUUACUGAUAAUAAUUUAAACAGUUCUUUUAGAGUAUUUUAAUGUAAUGUGUAGUAAUUUUCACUUUCAUCAGUUACAAUCAACGGGAAAAUAUUAUUCUUGUAAAAUUACUGUUGUAGUUUUUAUAAAAAAAUUCUAGGUCUAAACAGUAAACUAAUGCUGAAAAGUCUAAAACAAUAAUAGAAACUGAAAUCUAAGUCAGUACACACUUAUAUAUCUUUAUCAUUACAGCUCAUGUAAGUAUCUUCAAUAAUAUAAUUACGCUAUAUAGAAGUUAUUAGGUCACAGUCAGUAUGACUUAAAAAAAAAAAACAUUCUCAAAACUUAUACAGAUAACAUCUUCUUGAGUAAGUAGUAUAGUUUUUUCAUAGAAAGAACAUCCAACUAGACACAAUAACACUCAUACUUUAGAGAAACCUUAUUCAUGUAGUAAGAAAUUUUCAAUUAAAAUGAAUUCAAAUCAACACGAUAGCAUACAUAGUAUAGAAAAGCCUUAUUCUUCUGACCUAUAUAACAAAAGUUUUUCGCGAAAGAGAAUAUUGUCUGCACACAGGUAUGCUCUUACUGGUAAAAAACCUUAUUCUUGCAGUAAAUGUAAUAAGAAUUUUUCAAGAAAGUCACGUCUGAUUUUACACAUUCGCAAUCAUACAGGAGAGAAACCAUAUUCUUGUGGUAUAUGUAAUAAAAGUUUUUCUUGUGGCACUAUACUCUCUCGGCACAGUCGGGUUCAUACUGGGGAGAAACCAUAUUCUUGUAAUGCAUGUAAUAAAAGUUUUUCACAGAAGUCCCAUCUAACUAAUCACAGACGCACUCAUACUGGUGAAAAGCCUUAUUCCUGUGAAAUAUGUAAUAAAAGUUUUUCAUGGGGGACAACAUUGACUGAGCACAGACGUGUUCAUACUGGUGAAACACCGUAUUCUUGCAGUGAAUGUAAUAAGAGUUUUGCACAACAGUCAUCACUGACUAUACACAGUCGCAUUCAUACAGGAGAGAAACCAUAUUCUUGCGAUAUCUGUAAUAAGAAAUUUUUAAUUAAGGCACGUUUAACUCGUCACUUUCGCAUACAUACCGGUGAAAAUCCUUAUUCUUGUGACAUAUGUAAUAAAAGUUUUUCACGUGAAAGUACACUGUCUGUUCACAGCCGGGUUCAUACUGGGGAGAAACCUUAUUCUUGUAAUGCAUGUGAUAAAAGUUUUUCACAGAAGUCCCAUCUAACUAAUCACAGACGCACUCAUACUAGUGAAAAGCCUUAUUCCUGUGAAAUAUGUAAUAAAAGUUUUUCAUGGGGGACAACAUUGACUGAGCACAGACGUGUUCAUACUGGUGAAACACCGUAUUCUUGCAGUGAAUGUAAUAAGAGUUUUGCAAGAAAGUCAACACUGACUAUACACAGUCGCACUCAUACAGGAAGGAAACCAUAUUCUUGUGAUAUAUGUAAUAAGAAAUUUUUAACUAAGGCACAUUUAACUCGUCACUUUCGCAUACAUACUGGUGAAAAUCCAUAUUCUUGUGACAUAUGUAAUAAAAGUUUUUCAUGUGAAAGUACACUGUCUAUUCACUGUCUGGUUCAUACUGGGGAGAAACUUUAUUCUUGCAGUGCAUGUAAUAAGAAUUUUUCAACCAAAACAACUUUAACUCGUCACUUUCGCAUACAUACUGGUGAAAAGCCUUAUUCUUGUGACAUAUGUAAUAAAAGUUUUUCAUUAGGGACAACAUUAACUGUGCACAGGCGUGUUCAUACCGGGGAGAAGCCUUAUUCUUGUGAAAUAUGUAAUAAAAGUUUUUCACAAAGGUCAGCAUUGACUGUGCACAGACGUGUCCAUACCAGAGAGAAGCCUUAUUCUUGCAGUGCAUGUAAUAAGAGUUUUACAACGAAACGAAACUUAACUGCACACCUUUACACAGGACAGCAUUUGUCCAGAUACAGUCGUGUUCAUACUGGUGAAAAACCUUGAUCCUGUAAUGUAUGUAAUAAGAGUUUUUCAAAAAGGAAGAAUUUAACUGAACAAUUGCACUCAUACAGGGGAGAAGCCUUAUUCCUGUAGUAUAUUUGUUAUAAGAGAUUUUUGUUGAAGAUAAUUUUGACUCAUCAAAUAUGCACACUGUUGAAAAGCCUUAUUCUUGUUACUUGUGUAAUAAAAGUUUUUUAUCUGGGCA